UUUAGGCAUUCAGCUUUUCAAAGAAACUAGUUAAGUUUGCCUUACCACUACUCCUUUCUGCAGAAUCAACAUCAAUGGCAAUCAGCCACAGUACUUUGGCCUUUGCUUUCGGCAUGCUAGGUAACGUCAUUUCGUUUUUGGUAUUCUUGGCUCCAAUAACAACAUUUUACCGAAUAGUGAAGAAGAAAUCAACCGAGGGAUUUCAGUCACUGCCUUACCUGGUGGCAUUGUUCAGUUCGAUGCUUUGGUUAUACUAUGCCUUACUAAAAAAAGACGCUUUUCUUCUCUUGACCAUUAACUCAUUUGGAUGUGUGAUUGAGAUGAUCUACAUCAUCUUGUACAUCACCUAUGCGGCAAGGGAUGCUAGGAAGCUAACUUUGAAGCUAUUUUUGGCAAUGAAUGUGGGGUCCUUUGUUCUGAUCCUCUUAGUCACACAUUUUGCUGUGCAUGGUUCCCUCCGUGUCCAAGUUCUUGGAUGGAUAUGUGUUUCUCUUUCGAUUAGCGUCUUUGCAGCACCACUCAGCAUUGUGGCACAAGUUGUUCGGACAAGGAGUGUUGAGUUUAUGCCUUUCAAUCUGUCAUUCACCCUCACAUUGAGUGCCAUAAUGUGGUUUGGUUAUGGUCUCUUUCUCAAGGACAUAUGCAUUGCUCUUCCAAAUGUACUUGGUUUUGCACUUGGAUUAAUUCAGAUGGUGCUUUAUGCCAUUUACCGGAAUGGCAAUAAGAAGGUUGAUAAAAUGCAAAAGAAGGCACAGGUAGAGCAACUGAAAAGUGGUGAGGUGUUUCAUGUGGAGGAAAACGAGCAAGAACAGAAGAAGGAAGAGACUAUGGCGGAGAAGGAAAGUGAUGAACCUAACGAUUGCAGGGUCUAAUGGCCAUUGUUGGUGGGCACCACCAUUCCCAUCACCCCAUCUACUUUUAUCUUUCUUUAACUUGUAUUCUAGCUGUCUAGAUUUAUAACUUAAUUAUCUUGUUAAUUUACUCUAACCAUUGUCAUUUCUCACCAUAAAUGUA